UAUUUACUUAUAGCUUAAGAUAUAGUCAUUGGUAUCGAUUUUCAAGAAUCUGUAGUUGUUUUACACUCCCGGUAAGAAGAUUGAAGAAGAUGGAAUUGUCGAGACCAAUGACCAUAUCCACCACUAGUCCUAGAGAGGGUUUAGAGACAAACUACGAGGAGCACAAGCAGAAAUGGGCAGGAGGGCUUCAAAGGGUUUUAUGUAUGCAAGGUGGAGAUGAUGAUGGCAGCUAUGCCAAGAAUUCAGAAGCUCCAGCAUCUGCAAUCACCUUAUCUAAGCCAUUGCUCUUAACAGCUAUACAAUCACUGAAUUUGAAACUUUUCUCUAGGAUAGAGGAGGAAAAGGAUUGUUGUAUAAGGAUUGCUGACUUGGGUUGCGCAACUGGGUACAACACCUUGGCCACAAUUGACAUGGUUGUUGAGUGCCUGAGAAAGAAAUACAUCCAUGAGUGUGGCGUUGAGCCAGAGUUUGAGGCCUUCUUCUCUGAUCUCCCUUCAAAUGAUUUCAACUCUUUAUUCAGAUCACUGCCUGCGGCCACAACAAGGCACUAUUAUGCUGCAGGUGUGCCUGGAUCCUUCUAUGGUCGACUUUUUCCUAAGAGAAAGCUUCAUGUUGUGGUUAGCUUAAGUGCUUUAAACUGGCUCUCCCAGGUACCAGAUGCAGUACUAGAUAAGAGAUCAGCAGCUUGGAAUAAAGGAAGAGCGUGGAUCAAUGGAGCGAAGAAAGAGGUAGUUGAAGCAUAUGCAAAGCAAUCAGAAGAGGAUCUGGAGAACUUUUUAAGAUGCCGGAAAGAGGAGAUUGUUCAUGGAGGAAUGCUGUUUAUGCUAAUGGGAGGAAGGCCUGGAUUCCAGCAUCCUGAGAAUCAAUUAGGGGAUCCUGACUCGAGUGCCAAGCACCCUUUUGCCACUUCCAUGGAUCAAGCUUGGCAAGACCUAUUAAAAAUGGGUUUGAUAGACGAAGAGACGAGAGACGGGUUCAAUAUUCCGGCAUAUAUGAGAAGCAUGGAGGAGGUGGAGGUGGCAAUAAAGAGGUGCGGUGGUUUUGAGAUACAAAAGAUGGAGUACCAUAAAAUAAUGGAGCAUUCAGAAGAGAAGCAUAAGGAGUGGAUCAGGGAUCCGGUUUCCUAUGGGAGAGCCAAAACCAACAUGGUCCGUGCCGCUUUGAGGCCCAUAGCUGAGGCCCACCUUGGUCCCAACAUCUCUGAGGAGUUGUUCAAGUGUUAUGAAAAACAGGUUUCUUCUGAUAUUACCCUCCUCCAUAAGACUGGUUUCUAUGGUGCUAUUGCUGCCUGUCUAAUUAGAAUGUGAGAAUAAUUAGCUAUCCCCUCGGUAAGACUUGGGUAUAGUUUCUUAAGGGAAGUAUAUUAGGUUUUCUAAUUAUAUUUAGACAUAUAGUUAGAAAACAUGUGUAUUGUAUAAUUUUGUUUUAGAAAAUGUUUCGACUUCAAAAGACCAAUCGAUGCCACCUACAUGGUCCUAUAUUCAAUAAUAAACCAUGACAUUCCAUCUGUAUAAAUAAAAAAUAUACAUUUUGUAAACUAUAUGAUAAAAAUUGAGACCUUG